AUGAAUGAGAAACUAUGUGCAAAAGUAAGGGAAUACACGAGUAUCAAUAGAUUCCUGCUAGAAGAAAGAGCAAGCCUUGUAACGAACAUUACAGAUCGGGAAAGAAGACUGGAAAAGCCACAGGUGAGCAAUGACCCUACAGGAGUGUCUGAGAGCAAUGUCACAGAGAAUGUUACAACAGCAUCUAAAGACAGUGUGACAAAAAAGGGUAUGUUGGGUAUUUGCUAUCAAAAUAGUGAAACAAGUUCUGGUUCUCUAAGGUUCAGAAUGUCUCAAAAAUCGAAUGAUGAAUCUCCCUUUUCUGACUCAGCAACACCAGAAGAGUCUUCUAACCCUAAUAGGGUUCUUAAGGUUGUCCCUCUAAGGACGAUUAGCAGUGACGAAGUAAAGGCCACAAAGCCUAAAACGACUCAUGUGAAACAACCCAAGGAGGGUAUUCACAACAAGGGCACCAAAUCCUCAGCAUCCGCUACCAUGGAGAAACUUACUAAAGAAGGAUCCAAGUAUGUCGAUAGUGCAAUUACCAGGAUUGUUAAUCGUAUUCUGAAGGAGAAUCAUCAAGUACCUGGAAUAUCCACUCCACUUCAAACCAUAAUGGUUGAUCCCCCCAAUAACACAAGUAAGGUUGAGGUUGUUCACACCGUUGAUAGUGACCUUAAAAUCAACAAGGAUGAACAAGGGGUAACUAAGAAUAUUAAUGUCACCGAAGAUGUCAAUGAGAUUGAAAAUAAUGUGCACCCUCAGGCCAAUACUGAAACUGAUACUAAUAUGGUAGACUUAGAUGAGUACUCUGAAGACGAAUUACUUACUUCCUUGAAUCCUAGUGUAGCCAAUAAGCUAAUGACAAGAAGAAAAGGAAAAUCUGUUGUUCAAGGAUCACAAAAAAGGAGCACUCAAGUGAACAAUCCCAUCAAAGACAUUGUCAGAAGGAAUAGUACUUCUGCUGAACCUGUCAAGAGCAAAGCUGUUACCAAAAGCAAAGGAGUUGGUCCCUCAAAAUCUUGGAGCAGGGUCAUUCCAAAGAAAAGAAAAGAGCGGGAAAUUGUUGAACCUGAAUCUAAUGUUGAAGCAAAUGUCCCUGACAUUCCAUCAAGGAAGAAGCCUACAACCAGUAAACUUGCUGCUAACAUCCCUGAAGUCCCCAUUGAUAAUGUGUCCUUCCACUAUGCCUAUAGUGUUAGCAGAUGGAAAUAUGUUCUCCAAAAGAGGUUGGCUGUUGAAAGGGAAUUGGCUCCAAAUGCCCUUGAAAACAAGGAGGUCUUAGAGCUGAUUCAAGAAGCUGGACUGCUAAAAACUGUAUGCAAUGCUUCACAAAAUAGGAGCAGCUAA